AUGAAUAUAGAUGAAAUCGAUGUUUUUGAAUCAAUUAAUUUAAGAUCAAUAGCUAAAAAUGAAGCAGAAUCAUUAUUAAAGUCAUUUAAUGAUUUACCCCAAAAAAUUAGAAUAGAGUGUUUUAGAGAUAUUAUAAAAAAUAUAGAAUCUGUUAAUACUUACAAAAGUACAAAUAAGAGAAACUUUAAUGAGAAUCAAUCAAAUAAAAAACCAAUACUUAAUAAUAAUAAUAUUACCAAAAAGUUAAGAGUUUCUUCUGAAAAUUAUAAUAAACAUAAAGAAAUUGAAAAUGGAAUAAUCAAUAAUCAAAAAGAAAAAUAUAAAAAUAAAAAUGUACAUGAACAAAUUAAAAAUCUAGAAGAAAUUGUUGAAGAAAUUGAAAAUACAAAUGAAAUUAAAAAUGCAGAAGAAGAAAUUGAAAAAGAAAUUGAAAUUGAAAAUGAAAUUGAAGAAGAAAUUGAAAAUAAAAUUGAAGAAGAAAUUGAAAUUGAAAAUAAAAUUGAAGAAGAAAUUGAAGAAGAAAUUGAAAUUGAAGAAGAAAUUGAAGAAGAAAUUGAAGAAGAAAUUGAAGAAGAAAUUGAAAAUGAAAAUGUAAAUGAAAAUGAAAAUGUAAAUGAAAAUGAAAAUGAAAAUGAAAAUGAAAAUGAAAAUGAAAAUGAAAAUGAAAAUGAAAAUGAAAAUGAAAAUGAAAGGACAGAAGGCAUGGAGAUUGAUGAUAACCAAGAUGAGAAGGAAGAAAAAGAACAAGAAAAAGAACAAGAUGUUGGUGUGUUUUCACCAUCAUUAAAAAUGUUUAUGAAAUGUGGAAGACUAACAAAAGAGGGAUUCAUAUGCCAAAAUCCUGAAAAUAAUUGCCCAAUUCAUGAUGAUUUUAAAAAAUCAAAUACAAUUAUUAAAUCAAUCACUGAAAAGGUUAAUAAUUCAUUAUUACUCUUUUUAUUUGGAAACAAAGAAGAAAAUCCAACUACUUCACAUGAAGGAUCUCCAUUACCCACUAGUGAAAAUACUCUUGAUAAAAAUAAUAAUAAUAAUAAUAAUAAAGAUUAA